UAAAGUACAGAACUCCAACAUCUGACAGAAACGUCAGUUUAGACUGAGUCUAAAACGAGAGGAUAAUAUGCUGCUCAACUAAAAGUUAGAAAAAUAAAGGGCAAAACUUGUUUUUGUGUUUGAUAAGAGUAAAAUGGGAUAUGUCAGAGACUGAGUUGAGACUUCGAGAGAGAGUGUGAAGAGAUUGUGUUGUGUUAGAAAGGUUUCAAGUGAGAUUAAUUACUUCAAACUGUCCAAACUAUUAAAUUGAAUUUCGUACAUUCCAUGCGAAUAGCAAAGUUGUGUUGAAGACAUUUGUAAGAAGACAGCUCGUUAUAGAAAUUUGUAACAAAAUGGAAGAUGAAGUCGGUGGUCCUUUGAUUUCAACACAUUUUCUUGACGUAUCACCACACUUUCUUGACGUUUCACCACACUUUCUUGACAUCUCUUCACAUAAUGCAACCCUCGGGAAUGGGAGUUUGGUAUCUGAACUUUCAUCUACUAGUGUUUUAAAAACUGAUACUGAAAGUGUUUCAGAAACUGGAGAUGCUCUGAAAAGUGGCAUUUUGAUUGAAACAAGCAAGGGGCUGGAAUGGCUGACUCUCACAGACGCUCUUACCUCUGGCGUCGGGGGCUUAAACCUCUGUGUUGAGGACUUCCAGAACGUAGCGGCGCAACUGUUGCUGCCACAGGUGUCGAUCAGCACCGUUGUGGAGGAGAGCAAUGUCAGUGUCAUCUCUGAAAAGGAUGACAAUAGUCUUUCGGCAUCCACUGAGACAGAGCAGACAGUGCAAUGUUUCAGCUUGAUCAAUCCGAUUCAGAAGUUGGAAAGUAUUGCAGAGGCAACAGAACACUGUGAGGAGUCCAAGAUAGAAGUGCUUCAGCCAGUCAUAAGGUCUAAAACAUUGAACUUGUCUCUGAGCAAUAGAACUAUACUUAAAAAGAAGAUAAAGUUACUGACGUCGUCUGUGUCUGAGAGCACAGGUACCAACAGUGAUUCCUCUGUGCAGUCAGCUCCUCAAAUUCAGGUAAGCUUUGUCAUUCGCUGGUUAAGAAAAAAGGAGGAUGGCCUAAAGGUCGGAAGCGAAAACCUGAACUAG